AUGGACCCGUCAACAUAUAACAAUAUUGUCCAGUAUCUAUCCAUUGGAAGCUACCCCGAAGGCUCUACUAAGAGUCAAAAAUAUUCUAUAAGGCGGCGGGCAGCGGACUUUGCAGUUGAUGAUGAAGUAUUGUAUUACUGCAAGGGAAGCAGUCAAUCAAAGAGAAAGGUUGUGACUGCAAAAGAGGAAGCACAACAAAUCUUCAGAGAGUUUCAUGCCAGUGCUUAUGGUGCCCACUGUGGCAUAGUUAAAACCAGAGAUGCUAUAAGCAGACGGUUUUACUGGCCAGGCAUGUCCAAAGACAUCGACAAGUGGGUCAGUCAAUGUGUGGAAUGCCAGAAAAGUGCACUGACAAUUAAGCAGGAGACAAAACCCAUCCCAAUUGAAAGACAUGUGAGGGACCAGGGCACAGGCUGGAGGACACCGGACUGCCCCAAAACAAUGGCAGAGGGCACCAACAAGAAACAUGGCAUCAAGAAGUGCCGCAGCGCCACGUUCAGCAUCGACGGCUUCAGCUUCACCAUCGUGGCUAAUGAGACCGGGACAGGAAAACCCUGCCCUCUGGCCCGACUGGCACGCUCGCGCUCCCAGAAUGCCCUCUUCUCCAGGGCCACUGCUGAGGUCUCUGCAGGGGCCUCCGAGCCGCGAUCACAGGUGCUUGACCAGCGCAGUGCCACAGAGAUCCUGGAGGAGGAGCUGCCCUCGCCUGAAGCCGGAGACGCUAUGGAGAGGACCGCAGUCAGGUUGCGCUGUCUGGUAAAGCAGCUGGAGAGAGGAGAAGCCUCUGUGGUGGAGCUGAAGAAGAACCUGCUGUUUGCUGCCACUGUGCUGGAGUCUCUGUAUGUGGAGGAGUCCAGGCGUCUCACGGACCUGGAGGAUGAGUUCAAUGACAUCCAAUCAGACUCGGUCCCCUCGGAGGUGCGGGACUGGCUGGCCUCCACCUUCACCAGGCAGAGGAUCCUGCUGAGGCGCUCUGAGGACAAGCCCCGUUUCAGAGCCAUUGUUCACGCAGUACAAGCCGGCAUCUUUGUGGAGAGAAUGUACCGCCGCACCUCCAACCAGGCCGGCCUCUGCUACCCCUCCAAAGUCAUCUCUGUGCUCAAGCACAUAGAUAUGUGGUCGUUUGAUGUGUUCGCCCUGAACGAUGCCAGUGGAGACCACGCACUCAAGUUUGUCUUCUACGAGCUGCUGUCUCGAUACGACCUCAUCAACCGCUUCAAGAUUCCCAUCGCGUCCCUGCUAUCCUUCCUGGAGCUUCUGGAGGAGGGCUACAGCAAGCACAAGAACCCGUACCACAACCUCAUGCAUGCGGCCGACGUCACCCAGACCAUCCACUACCUGCUGCUGCAGACCGGCAUGAUGCACUGGCUGAGCGAGUUGGAGAUUCUUGCUAUCAUCUUUGCUGCAGCGAUCCACGACUACGAGCACACAGGCACCACCAACAACUUCCAUGUGCAGACCAGGUCAGAUACUGCUCUGCUCUACAACGACCGUGCAGUGCAGGAGAACCACCACAUCAGCGCUGCUUACCGCCUCCUACAGGCUGAAGAUGACAACAACAUCCUGUGCAACCUGUCCAAAGAAGACUGGAGAGAGCUGCGGUCCCUGGUGGUGGAGAUGGUGCUGGCCACAGACAUGUCAUGUCACUUCCAGCAGAUCAAGACCAUGAAGACAUUUCUGCAGCAGCCUGAUGCAAUAGACAAGCCAAAGGCCCUUUCUCUGCUGCUGCACACUGCGGACAUCAGUCAUCCUGCCAAACGCUGGAGCCUGCACCACCGCUGGACCUCGUCCCUGCUGGAAGAGUUCUUCAGACAGGGGGACAAAGAGUCAGAGCUGGGGCUGCCAUUCUCUCCUCUGUGUGACCGCAAGUCUACCAUGGUGGCCCAGUCCCAGAUCGGUUUUAUUGACUUCAUUGUGGAGCCCACCUUCACAGUACUCACAGAAAUGAUCGAGAAGAUCGUCAGUCCUCUGGUGGAGGAGACCAGCCACUCCGGGGCCAGAGGGCCGCACCACUCAAGUCUGAACAGUGUGAGUGGUAGUGAUGUGAAGAGCCUACGCAGCACGGCCUCUGAGGGCUGUGUUCCCGUCUCCACAAUGGACUUCAAGAGCUUUAAGGUGGUGUGGGACCAGGAGAUACAGCAAAACCGCAAUACCUGGAAGAACCAGGCCGGAACAGAUGGAGAGGACAAGUCAAGGAAGAACACCAAAGUGGACUCUGACAAUGUGGAAGAACAACUUCUGAGGACCAGUCCUCACAAGGCGGAGGACACACCCAUGCAGACCGAGGAGGACGCGGCCCCACCCUCACCUCAAAGGGACAAGCUUUCAGCUGGCAGGUCACAUGACUCCAACAGCCAACCAGAGCAUGCCCCUCCAGCACACCAUGAGUCCCACCCACCGCCCAUAGUUUACUACUGCAAGCGUCCCAGUUACUGUGUGCGGGCUUACCAAGUGGUGCGCUCCAAGAUGACAGAAAUGAAGCCCAUUGACGCCCGAGGGAAGGCCCGCAGACUGCAGAAGAUCUCCCUACGCCGCCGCAAGUGA